ACAGACCAUUGUAAGCAGUCAGAGAGGCAAAUAGUGAAGUGGAGAGGAGAGCAACAGGCAGUCGUCUCCAGAGAGAGCCUGAGAGCAAUGCUCAGUCCACUGACAACAACUCAACAUCCGGACAGUAAGGAAGAGGGAGGUUUUUUAUACUGCAGCCUGCCCUGGGGCCUCAGAAAUCAUCUGCCUUCCUCACAGCGAUGCCUGCACCACAUACUGAACAAAGGACAAAGUUUCUUCACUGCAUGUAGUCUGAUUUGCACAUGGACACUGUAAGUCCUCUAUGCCUUUCUGUCUUUAACCUACUGGAUCAAGGGAUACAAUUUGGAGUUUCACGGUUCACUCUUUUCUGAAGUUGCUCGGAAGUCUUGGGAAGUUGUUUUCCAUGCAAGUCUUGUCAAUAUGCUGCCUGUGGUUUUCAUGACAUGGUGGGUCUGGGUGUUGCUUGGAAGUGUAGGGGGACAGUCCCAGUUUCAGCAUCAGUCUCAGACUGACGACUCGAACCCAUGGAGACAGAUGAUUCAAUGGGAGAACAAUGGACGUGUGUUCAGUCUUCUCAACAGUGGGGCUGAAUACGUCCCGGCUCGGGCUCAGGAGCGUGACAGGAACCACCGAGUGCUUCUAGCGGACACUCCCAACCGUAGAUCACAAGGUGGGAAUGUACGGAGGCAAGCACCCACAAGAGGAACCUCUGAGACUGUGAGAGGCCAAGCCAGACAUCCUUUUGGUUUUGGCCAGGUGCCGGACAACUGGCGUCAGGGUGCAGCUGGAACAGGUGAAACAAGUCGCUUCCAGUCAUCUACCGGCACUCGUUUUAGAUCAUCCUCUGGCUCAUCCUCCUCCUCAUCAUCCUCGUCUUCUUAUCCACAGUAUCCUUUCCCUCAACAGCCUCCUUAUGCUGCUCCCUAUGACUCGGUAUUGGACAGGUCAUAUGAACCUCCCUUCCUUGGAACGGGGUAUUCCACGGGCACUGGUGGUAGCUAUGCGGGAGGAGGUUAUGGAGGAGGUGGGUACUCCACCGGAAGUUUUGGAGGAGGUAGCUAUAAUGGAGGGGGUCCUGCAACCGACGAUAGGUAUCGCUACUAUACCCCUUAUGGUCAACCAUACCAAGCUGUUCCUGCCCAGCCUGCCCAGCCUGCACAGCCUGCACAGUCGUCGUUCUCUGAUGGACUGGACCACAGAUACACGCACAGUCUGUACAACGAGGACUCUCGAGAUGGCAGUAAUGCUGCAGUACCUGUCUCUAGUAACACAGGCUCAUCGUACCAGCCAGCGGUGCAAAGCCCCCAGUAUGAACAGUUUCCACCCUUUGGAGGGCCCCAGCCACAGCCACAGUCUCCUUUUAUACAACCACCUGCACGCAACCCUCUCAUCUCUAACAAUGCAGAGAGCCCCAACAUGAAUGUAGGCAGUGUUUAUCGUCCUCAGCAAAGAGGUUUGCCUGACCUGGUUCCUGACCCGAAUUAUGUCCAAGCCUCCACAUAUGUUCAAAGAGCCCAUAUGUACUCCUUACGCUGUGCUGCAGAGGAAAAGUGUUUGGCCAGCUCCGCCUAUAGUGCUGAAACCACAGACUAUAGUGUCAGGGUUCUUCUGCGCUUUCCUCAGAGAGUGAAGAACCAAGGGACGGCUGAUUUCAUGCCCAACCGACCUCGGCAGACCUGGGAGUGGCACAGCUGUCACCAACAUUACCACAGUAUGGAUGAGUUCAGUCACUAUGAUCUGUUAGAGGUGAGCAGUGGCCGUAAGGUGGCGGAGGGACACAAGGCCAGCUUCUGUUUGGAGGACACGACCUGCGACUUCGGCCAUCUCAAGCGAUACGCUUGUACUGCCCAUACCCAGGGUCUUAGUCCAGGGUGCUAUGACACCUACAAUGCAGAUAUUGAUUGCCAAUGGAUUGACAUCACCGAUGUUCAGCCAGGAAACUAUAUACUCAAGCUCCAGGUUAACCCAAAGUACUUGGUGCAUGAAUCGGACUACACAAACAAUGUAGUCAGGUGCAAUAUCCAAUACACGGGCCGCUUUGUCAAGACAACAAACUGCAAAAUAUCCCAGUCAUGAUCUGUCAGAUCUGGAUGAAUCUCCAUGAAAGCGCCAUCCAUUGCAAUGUGAAUGGAAUUCCUGGUGUGGCUGUGAUUGUUUAUUGCAUUUGUCUUGGUUUCUGUUUUUGUGCUGUUCUUGUGAACCUAGGUUUGGCUCACGCUAAGAGGAACAAGUACACAUACUGUCACCCUCACACAAAAUCAAACACAUACUAAGGAAUCCUAUUAUUCACAGCACACCACAGACCAAUGUCUAUUUUCCUUCCAGCCACCCCAUUAACCCUGUUUUUUCAUAAAACACACACUCGUUGCCCCCAAUUAAUUCUAAUUCCUUCACCAUUUUUAAGUGGGUUUCAUUGCUAGAAUGCAAAGUGAGAUCAGGCACUGAUGAACUGUAAUUCUGAUCAGGAAAAUCAGCAACUGGAAACAAUCAUUUUUUCAAAGCCUCUCUCUUUGUCUGUGCUACUUUAGUGAAGGUGCAAUACUGAAGAAAGAGUCAUAUAAGAGAAUGACCAGCCUGUCAGUCAUCCUCCAGCUAACCAAUUAAGUAAAAAGUGGUUUUAGUUUGAAUGAGGGUCCUGGAAAAAAAUGUAAUGGCUUUGGGAUUAAAGCACUUUGAAUAAAAGCCUUGAAUCCAAAGCUGGAGGCAGUUUAUCAAGGUGUUUUUACCUUGGAGGUUUAUUAUAGUCUUUUACUUAACCUGCUGCGAUUUACAUUAAAUUGGUUUGUAAUGUUACCUUGUAUGUCAGUCCACUGAUAUACUUGAGAUGUUUCCCCCUGCAAGCAACUGCAGUUUUAUUAGCUCUAUCAGUUUAAAUAUAUCUUAGGUUCAACACAAGAAUUAACAAUAGAAUUGUGGCAUAAUGUGGUUAUCAACAAUAAUUACAUUUAUGCAUCUGCCACACAGUUGUAUCAAACCCGUGACUUUACUGUUGCUAACCGCAUGUUCUACGUUUACAUUUAUGCAUUUGGCAAAUGCUUUUAUCCAAAGUGACUUACAUUGCAUUUAAAGGGUUACUCCACCCCAAAAUGAAAAUUUUGUCAUUAAUCACUUACCCCCAUGUCGUUCCAAACCCAUAAAAGAUUUGUUCGUCUUCGGGAACUCAAUUUAAGAUAUUUUGGAUGAAAACCAGGAGGCUUAUGGCUGUCCCAUUGACUGCCAGGUAAAUACCACUCUCAGCGUAGCGCCAUUUUGGAGAGUAUCCGCUGGACGUAAACUGUGUAUGCCAUUCUGUGUCAGCUGCACUACACA